CCUCAACCCACCAUGGUGAUUUUCAAUAACACCACAUCCUCCUCCUCAAAUUUCCUCCUCACUGCAUUCCCUGGGCUGGAACAGGCUCGUAUCUGGAUCUCCAUCCCUGUCUGCUGCCUCUACACCAUUGCCCUCUUGGGAAACAGCAUGAUACUGCUUGUCAUCAUUGCUGAACAGAAUCUCCACAAGCCCAUGUACUAUUUUCUCUCCAUGCUGUCAGCUGUUGAUCUGUGUUUGACCAUCUCAACCCUCCCCACCGUGCUUGGGGUCCUCUGGUUUCAUGCUCGGGAGAUAAGCUUUAAGGCUUGCUUCCUUCAGAUGACCUUUGUACAUGCCUUCUCCUUGCUGGAAUCCUCAGUGCUGGUAGCCAUGGCCUUUGACCGCUUCAUGGCCAUCUGUAACCCACUGAAGUAUGCCACUGUCCUCACAGACAUGAUGAUCAUGGUGAUUGGACUGAUUAUCUGCCUACGUCAACUAAUUUUUGUAUUUUUCAUGACUCUAGCCUUGAACAAUGUUUCUUUCCAUGGAGGCCAGGAGCUUUCCCACCCUUUUUGCUACUACCCAGAUACAAUCAAAUAUGCAUAUUCCAACCCCUGGAUCAGCAGCUUUUUGGGCAUGUUUCUUCAGCUCUACCUGAAUGGCACUGACUUCUUGUUCAUUCUUUUCUCCUAUGCCCUAAUUCUCCGUACUGUCCUGAGUAUUGUGGCCCCUAAGAAGCAACAAAAAGCUCUAGGCACUUGUGUCUGUCACCUCUGUGCUGUCACCAUUUUCUAUGUGCCAAUGAUCAGCCUGUCCAUUACACACCACCUCCUCAACUCUACCUCUGUGGUGGUCUGUAGCAUUUUGGCCAAUGUUUAUUUGCUCUUACCACCAGUACUGAACCCUAUAAUUUAUAGCUUGAAGAUGAAGACCAUCCGUCAGGCUAUGUUCCAGCUGUUCCAAUCUAAAAGUUCACGAGGCUCUGAUGUAAUGAGUCUUAGAGGUGGAUAA